ACAGAGCCCCCGCGGCGGGGAUGCGGCACUUCACCUGGGAGGAGAUCGGGCAGCGGAACGGACGGGGGCCGGCGCCGCAGGAGCGCUGGCUGGUGAUCCACAGGAAGGUGUACGACAUCAGCCACUUCUACUGGAGACACCCGGGAGGGGCCCGGCUCCUCGUCAGCCACGCCGGGCAGGACGCCACGGAUGCCUUUGUGGCAUUCCACGUCAACCAAGCGCUGGUGAGCAAGUACUUGAAGCCACUGCAGAUUGGGGAGCUGGCACCAGACCAACCCAGUAUUGAGCCCAGUAAAAAUGAAAUGCUGGUGAAAGACUUCCGGGAGUUGCGUGCUACAGUCGAGAGAAUGGGACUCCUGGAGCCAAACCAACUCUUCUUCUUCCUGCUCCUGGCUCACAUCCUGAUCUUGGAUACAGCUGCCUGGCUCAUUCUCUUCUACUUUGGGACAUCCUUACUGCCCUUCGUUUUCUCCCUGCUGCUGCUGACCAUUUCACACGUCCAGGCUUCCUGGUUGCAACAUGAUUUAGGACACCUCUCAGUAUUCAGGAAAACCAAGUGGAACCACUUUCUACACAAGUUUGUGAUGUGCCAUUUGCUUGGGGCCUCGGCCAAGUGGUGGACUCUCCUACACUCCCAGCACCACGCCAAACCCAACUGCUUCCACAAGGACCCUGACAUUGAUAUGCACCCUUUCCUCUUCACUUUGGGGAAGAAAUUGUCUGUGGAGCUUGGCAUCAAAAAGAAAAAAUACAUGCCUUACAACCACCAACACAAAUACUUCUUCAUCACUCUUCCUCCGCUCCUGUUCCCCACCUACUUCCAAUGUCACACAUUCUACGUUGCCUACACAAAGAAGUACUGGGUGGACCUGGCCUGGAUGCUGACUUUCUUUAUCAAAUUCUUUUACAUGUACGGAUCUUUAUUAGAAACAAAAAGUCUCCUGGCAUAUUUUUUUAUAUUCAGGAUGCUGGAGAGCAGCUGGUUUGUCUGGGUCUCACAGAUGAACCAUAUCCCAAUGGAAAUCGACUACGACAAGAAUUUGGACUGGAUGUCUACUCAGCUCCAGGCAACCUGCAAUGUGGAGCAGUCGCUGUUCAAUGACUGGUUCACGGGGCACCUCAACUUCCAGAUUGAACAUCACCUGUUCCCCUCCAUGCCACGGCACAACUACUGGAAGGUGGCCCCUCUGGUGAAGUCCCUGUGUGCCAAGCACGGCAUUGAGUACCAGUGCAAGCCUCUGCUCACAGCCUUUGCAGACAUCGUGCACUCCCUGAAGAGCUCAGGAGAGCUCUGGCAUGAUGCCUACCUGCACAAAUAAAGGACAAGGCUUGGUGCUACCAUUCACAGCCUGCCACAACUGCAUUCCCAGCAAGUUGAGGGGCAGAGACCACAAGGGACUCUCUGGCAGAAGAAUGUGAGUAAGGCCUGAGGGAUAAAAUUCCAAUAGAGAUGAAGCCACCUGAAUUUUUCUUCUGGUUUUUCCUGGGGUUAUGGUUCAGACAUGUUUGGAGUCAGCAGGGCAAGCAGAAGGUGAAUUGUUAGAAGAGGGAGGAGCUCUUUGCUGAGUGAGUCCAAGCAUUUCUGAGCCUGGGCAUGGGCUCAAGUCAGAUCAUAUACUGGUGGAGCUGCACACACUUAACUUCACAGCAGAGGUCUCUGACCAUGUUGUUGGGUUUUUUUGGGGUUUUUUCCUUGUGUGGAGGGUUUAAUGCCUGAUACAGCAUUUGCUUACUUGAAUUUGAAACUGCAAAGGAUUUUGGAUUAGCGUGGUGUUCCAGCAAUGUGCUUAAACCACAAUAAAUCAGGAUGAACUACAAAAACACUUGGACUGUAGCAAGUGCACAUGCAGUGAAUAAAAACAUAAAUGUGUUUUCGUUACUGUUCUCUAGAGCAUCCUCAUUGUCACAAGGCCAAGAAACACAUGGGUUAAAACCAGCUCAAGGCCUCUGCUCUCUUCAAAAUGUAUCUGCUUUGGGGGGGUUUUUGUACUUUGAGCUGGGCCGAGACAUGCACACUACAUGCACACUCUCCACCUACACAGGACUAAGAUUAUACUACAGAAAGGUAAACCAAAAGUAAAAUAAAUUACCUACAGAUACUUGGUCAAAUCUGAAAGUUGCUGUUGCAGCUAAACCAAGAUUAGAUCAGAUUUUGGCUGUGCCAGGCAGAAGGUGAGUCAGUGAAAGAGGCUGGUCCAGGUACUUUGAAUCACCCUUGAGAGGAGAAAGUAUCUUUCCAUUAAUUAGUAAGAAAGCCUGUUCUUCAUCCCAUGUGAGUACUUCAGUGGGUACAUACUCACACUCUGAAAUAAAAGACUAGCUUUCGGAAAGGAGACUAGGGGAACAACAAAAUUCAUUUGAAUAUUAGCAGUUACCACAUUUUUUUCCAGUAAUUCAAGGUUAAUAAAUAGAAAUCUCAAAAGGUAAAAACAUGUAAAAAAGUCUCUGAUGAUGUAACAAAUGGACUUUGUACUACUUGUGCAAUGAUUGGCUGAAUUACUGAAAAACCUUUAACCCUGCACAGUCAGCCAGAACAAGGAAAAGAUUUGCUAUGAAACCAUUUUUCCUGCCUUGGAAAAAGUGCAAUUAUGUUUAGAGGUUAACAGCACAAAGUACAAUGCCUGACCCAUGGGAGUAAAAGAAGCAAUUCCCAAAAACUCAGUGGGAAAAUUAAGAAAUAAAAAGCAGGAGUCACAACAGUAUCAUUUACUCACAAACACAUUUCCACUACUUUAAAAAGCCUUUUGAAAUUACCUUAAGCAGCCUCUGAAAAUUAUUUAUUGGGUAGAUGAAAGGCCUGAUUUUGAAGAUCAUAAUUUGAUUUUUGGACCUUUGACAUCACUGGGCUCCUGGUUCAGGACCCCUGUGAGUCAAAAUGCAAUUAAAAAAGAGAGCUGUGAAUGCUUCUAUUGGUUCUGUAUUGACCCAACAGUGCUCCAAUGAGGACAGGUGUGCAAGAGGAUUUAGCAAGAUUGAGAUGAAGAGCUGUGGAUAAAUAUGGAAUAAAGCCUAAGCAAUAUAUGGAUCAAUGCCAGAGCAAACUGGAGCAGUAGCCAAGUUUUCCCUGGGUAUCUUUGACCAAUCUUAUCAGUAUCACUAUCAAAUGAAAGGCUGCCUGCACUCCCUCAGGAAAAUAUUGAAUAGCUGGGGUAAGAUUUUACAAAGAAGAUAUCCUUGAGAGGCCCAAAGAAGGAAACGUAUACAAAUUAGUCAUAAAACCCAACAGAAAAGCAAAAACAAACAAAAAAAAACCCUAAAACAAACAAAAAACCCCCCAAAACACUCCUGCAAAAAAGUUAUGCUACAUGGAAACAGAGCUAAAGGAAAAUCAGCAUCAGCAGUAUUUUCCCUAAAUGUGAAUGAUGAAGAAAACAAUAAAAAUAUUAACUGGCUUACUCUAAAAUACAGCCUUGAUGAUUCCUGCAACUCUGAAGGGCAAAAUUCCAUUAAUUUCUUACAGUAAUAUCUUGGAAUCAGAGGUUCAGGGAAGACAGUUCCUACUUGAAAUAAUACUAGAAGUUUAUAUUCAAAGUGACAUAUUUUUCCAAUAAAAUCUCUUAGGGGAAAGUACUGAGUGGCUAAAGCACCUUGAACUCUACACACACACUGUAAGUAAAGCAGGGAAAAUGAGAUCUCUUCAUUCCUGGCUUUCCAGCUUCCCUCCAUGAAGUCAAGAGUGUCGUUGAGAACUUGCAGACAACACAGGUGCUAUGAUUAUGUAAGAAUUCUGUAUUUUCAUUCUGUUUGGGGAGCAUUGCAACUGAAACUUAGUCUGGAACCAGUACCUGCCAUCACCCUCCUUCCUCAAUAAAUCUUAAAAUAAAUGUAAUCACUAAGUCAAAGGAUUCCUAAGUGUGGAAAAGAGAAUCAUACAAUAGGUUUAGGUAGGAAAGUGCAUCCACUUCUGUGUCAAUCCUGAAUCAAUAAUCACAGGGUCAAGGAUUUGUUGCACUGGAAAAAAAAACCAACCAAACAAUAAAAAAAAUUACAAAGUUCGCAAUCCUGGUCAAAGUUGAAAAAUGGGGAACCUGAGAGAAACAAGCAAAGAACAAAUACUGAAAUUAACAGACACAGCAAAUCUGUAUAAAGGAUUUCCAUGGUUCAUGCUAUGGAAACAGGAAAUUAAAUUUUCCUUUUGACUCAGUCCAUUAGAGAUUUACAGUAUUUGAACUGCUCUGAGUAGUGGGAUGUAAAAAUAUUUAGUGGGUUUUUUUCAUUAAAAAAGUAAACCUAUCAGUUUAUCAAGCUUCAGUGUGUGAUAUGAGAAGAAAUUUCAGCCCAGCUCUUGAGGGUAUGCAGUUCAAGAUUUCCAGCUGCUCUGGGGUUGCAGUUUCACUUUAGGUGGAAUUCCACCAUGACAACACCCAAGCUUUCAUCAGACAGUUAAAUCACACAGGCUCUGCUCUGCAAUCCAGGCUGCAAAAGUGCCAUCAUUAACAGUCAGCUAUCAAAUACUUCACUUAUUAUUUUUACACCACUGCCUCAUUGUUCAGUCUUCAUUUGCUUUCCCAGACUGUGUAACAAUGCACCACCAAUAGCCUCUGCAAACACAGGGCUGGUUUUGGCAAUCUUCAUUUUACUGAUCCAUCCCAGCUGGAAUCAUCCUGAAUGCCACAAACAUGGCAAAACUGCCUUACAUUCAUUUACAAUAUUCAAAAUAGAGCCUCAGUUCUUUUCCCAAUUCUGUCCAAAAUGGCCUUAAACUGCUGAGGUUUAGUCCUCAGUGUCAGAGCUGAGCUUAUGCUCAAGUCCACCUCUGCAUGCCAUGAUCCGUGUCAUGGCCGCACAACUUUGAUUCCAAACAUCUGUUCAGAUUGAUGCAAUAUUACCCAGGGGGCAAAGGUCAGGCUUUACCAUACACUGCAGAUCUCCGUGUUAUUUGCUAUCAGCAAGAGAUAAGAGCACACAGCAAGUCAGUGGAUCAAUUCACUUCCACAGUGCUGGGCUGGUGCCCCACACCGCACAGCAAACUGAACUCAGAGCGUAGAGAGAGCCAUAGAGUCCAGGCCAACCCCUGCAGUGAACAGGGACAUCUUCCACCAUCCCAGGCUGCUCAGAGCCCUGUCCAACCUGGCCUUGAAUAAUUCCAGGGAUGUGGCACCCACCGCCUCCCUUGGAACCCUGAGCAAGGGCCUCAUCAUCCCCAUAAAACAAUUUGUGAGAAAAUGGUGACUCACCUGCCUGUGAAAAUUCAUGGAUCAGAUCUCCAAACACAGAACAAGCAGCCUUUUUCUGCAAGAUUAGCAACAGGUAUGGAAUAUUUGGCAAAACAGAGUGAUUGGUUUACUGGAAGCUGAAAUUAUGGAUACCCACACACUGCUUAGCAGGCAAUUCCCAUCAAUGAGCUGCACUAAGGAAAGGAAAACAGGGCAUUUUCCAACGUCUUUGAAGCACUGAAAGUCUGAUCCAAACCUAUCUCAUCACCCUUUUUCUCUCCACUUAACGUUUAGCAAUCCCAUCAACUUCCUCAUCUCCUGGCACAGCUCACUACAACAAAUGUGAUUUCUGGAAUCUGCUCAUGGUUUUUGGAUAUUCAAGUUCAAAUAUUUUGUGGAAGGGAAAAUAACCUAGGAAUGAAAUGACCAUUAAAAGAAGAGGAACUCCUGGAAAGCUGUAAUUGCCCAAACAUUAGUUUCAAAUUCAUUCCCAAAUCCACUGCUAGAGAUGUGCAUCUAAAAUAAAACAGUAAUAAGAAGAUGUUGAGCAAUUCUGCUUUACGUAUCACUGAAAUCAUAUUGCAACAACCUGGCAAAGGAAUGUUUGAUUUUAGUUGAACAGAACAGAAACAAAACAAAACUGCGGUUGUGUCAUGUCAACAGUCUCUAUUCUCACGAUAAGGAGCUGUAAAUGGAUUUAUUGCCUUAUUUAUUUGAAGAAAUAGCAUUACUGUUCUUCCAGUGUUGCCUAAUGUUCUCCACAGCUUUGGGAAAAGCUAUGUUUUCUGUACAACACUUGUCACGGCCAGUUUAGCAUAGAACACAGGUCACUUAAGUUAUUUAAACACAACUGUGGGGUUGAAAAGUGAGUUUUUAUAACAAAGGCAGCUGCAAAAAGUACAUCCAACCUACAGCUUCUGCACCAUCUCCAGAAAAACAGAUGAAGAGCUUUGUGAACUUCCUAGAUUAACAAAGUAUUUGAAGACGUUUGCACAGAAAAUAUGUUGCCAAGUGAUUUUUUUCAUUCCAUUUAUUUCAGAAAUAAAAGUAGACAACAAUAUAAAUCACUUAGCAGACACAACCAAAAUUAGAAGAUCAGGCCUUCUUCACUCUUUUCCAAAACUCAUUAGGAUUCUCUGUUCCAGCAUGUUAUAUUCCCACCCAAUCAUGUAAUCCCACAUGCCUGAUCAUGUAAAAAGCUAAUGGAAUCCCAGAAUACAGUAGGUUAUCAGUUCGUAUUAUUUUACUGCACCUCUGCCCCAGCUAAUUUUUCACAAGAGGUUAGUAGAUAAAUGAAUUGCAGAGCAAGUAACAGUCUCUAAAAUUUAACAGAACAGCAUUUAGUAUCUACUCUUCUUAACCUGCCACCAUUCCUGGGAAUUCACACUUAAAUCAGGAAGUAAUCCUAGUCAAAAUACAACUCAAGGCAGACCCAGAAAUGCAGUGAUUAUUGACAAAUCACCUCCAAACUGCUAUGAUUUGAAUUUUUUACAGUUGCCUGAGUUCAGAGCAGUAGCUGGGCUCUGAAAUGCUUUGCAUUUAGCCUGGAUAACUAUCCUGUAAGUGGAGUCCCAAAUUUUUUCCCACAAUUUAACUAAACUGCAGAUGCUGGGUAACAUUACAACAUGCCUCAAAUCAGUUUUUAGACAUAUUUUCUAGAUAACUACAUUCAUACAAACAUGCUGCUUUAAUUAAAGGAUCACCCUGAAAAUUAGCCCUGGUUUGAUCAAGAAAUAGCAACAGCAGAUUACUGCAGUAAAAUAACAAUUUCAGCAAUCAUG